UUUUGACAUUUAUCGUACUAAAAUGGAAGAUGUUGACAUACAUGUCGACUUCAAUCCGUGAUUAAGUUUAAUUUUGUUUAGUUUCUAUAUGAUUUUAAAUCAUUUCUAAAGUGUGAUAGUUGAUUAGUGAAAGUUUCGUUGUGUUUCAAAUCUGUUUUACGUGACAUUCUACCUCGUAAUGUGGCAUUUUUGGAAACUGAUAUAUGCAGUUUAAGUUUGUAGCAGCUUGAUGUCCAUUGAAACUUUUUAUUUUGUUGUUAUAGAAUGCAGAAGUCGGUUUGAAUAAUUACAAUUGAAGUGCAUUUGGUGUUUAUAUGUGCUAUGAAUAUCGUUGGAAGAAGAUUUUAAUAAAUUUCCUACGUGUUUAAAUUCGACUGACAAUGGCCAGAAUGUCUUCCAAGGGGCCCAAAACGAAGAGUUCCAGUUCCGGUGGUUUACGCAUAUUGUGGAUCCCCGGUAGGAAAAAGCACAACCGUAAGGGUGUCUACAAUCCGACAAAAAGUGGUCUGCCUCAGUACCAGGCCAAUCAGCAGCGAAAGAACGACUCUUGGACCCUGGGAGGCACCGUUAAUCACACCAAGAUCAUCAAUGCGAAAUUCUAUUGCAGAGAUCUUCACGACAACCUGGACGUGGGCAUGGCGACGGCAACGGGGGCCAUGAGUUUGGCUUCGAUGGCCGCCAGCAAAACCGGUGAGGCAAGCACAAGCAAAACUAGUCCCAGUGAACUCAAUGCCAACGAGGGAGCCAGAACGUGCAGCACGGACGGACCGCAGUCGGUGGAGUUGGUUGUCCUGAACGACCUGAACGGUGAUAUUAGUAAGAAAGACAUUCCAAGCAGUAAUCAGUUCGAUGCACUGGAGUUGAUAGACGAGUGCGAAGAGAAAGAUCGCAACUACUCCAAUGCGGAAUCUUCGUCAUCGCUGCUGUCCAACAAUGACAGUCGGUCGGCAGAUUACGUGCACAAUGCCGCCACGCUAGCCAUGGGCGAGGCUCGGAGACGGCGCCGGCGAAACAGCUACAACAAUUCCAAGAAGGACAGCUGUGAAAACCUUGACACGAUCGAUCACAUCAACGACAACGAUGCCGUCGAUGCGGUCAGGGUCACCUCGCCCUUGGACGAGCCCCGAAUGGAUGCAUUCCGGCAGCAGAAGAAAAAGAACAAAAAGAAACCCCACCCAGGUGUAGAUGACUCGAAGGACCAAGAUGAUAAGUUGGUCACGUGUUUGUACUACUCUCUAGUGUGUUGGGAUUGCAGCAUCUCGUGAAUCACAUUGAGAAACACUGUUUUAGCUACUAAAAGACUACUUAGUUGUUGCCCAAUUUUAUACAAAUCUAUUAUACAGAAAAGGGAAGCUCACAGUAUUUUUAUACUGAUACAUUUUGACAGCAUUCAUUGAUUGGAAAAGCAUUAAUUGAUUAUUUUUAGUGGUAGGAAAAAUUCCACUUUCUAGUUGAUAAGAACACGUAUUCAAUAAAACUUUUUUUUAAACAA